CGAAGUGGUUUCGGUCCCACCUGCUUUUUCGGCCGCGUUGGAUAGUGAAUACGGGACGGAGGAGGAAGGCACUUCGCCAACUCUAUCGGAGAUCGCGGCUCCCGUUCCGGAAUGGGGCUCUUGUUCGCCAAGCUGUGGAGUCUAUUCUGUACGCAGGAACACAAAGUGAUAAUUGUGGGACUUGAUAAUGCUGGGAAGACUACAAUUCUGUACCAAUUCUUAAUGAAUGAGGUAGUUCACACAUCUCCUACCAUAGGCAGUAAUGUUGAAGAAAUUGUAGUAAAAAACACACAUUUCCUUAUGUGGGAUAUUGGUGGACAAGAGUCAUUAAGAUCAUCCUGGAAUACAUAUUAUUCAAAUACAGAGUUUAUAAUCCUUGUAGUUGACAGUAUUGAUCGUGAGAGGUUGUCCCUCACAAAAGAAGAACUCUACCGAAUGUUGGCCCAUGAGGAUUUACAAAAAGCUGCCGUUCUCAUUUUUGCAAAUAAGCAAGAUAUGAAGGGUUGUAUGUCAGCAGCUGAAAUUUCCAAGUAUCUAACCCUUAGUUCCAUAAAGGAUCACCCAUGGCACAUUCAGUCCUGUUGUGCAUUAACAGGAGAAGGAUUGUGCCAAGGGCUGGAAUGGAUGACUUCCCGAAUUGGAAUAAGAUAAUUCCUCUGGUUUGGAAAUGUGAAUUAUCCCAUGGACUACCCUUUUGUGGUACACUUGUCUGCUUAGUGUAGCAACAGGUUUGAUUUAAAAAGGAAAAAAAAAACCUUUUGAAAUCUCCACAAGCAACACUUGAAUCAAGUGCAGCUAAUCAAAACUCAGAGUUUUUUAAACUUUUUUAAAGUGCACUAGUCUUGGAUGGUUAAAAAUGUACUCCUACAACAUAAGCUAAAGAAUUCUGCCUUGUAUAACCAAAUUUACAGUUGAAAAGAUUCCUUCUUGCAGUUUAUAUCCUGUAGCAUUGGUCAGUUUGCUUCUCUUUUUGUUUCAUGCUACAACAUUUAAGCUUUAAGACUUCCAGGAUUAUGGAUUUUAAAGUCAGUGGAUUUCCAGGGGAUGGGAAUUCCAUUGUCAGUAUGCGUAAUUGGAAUUCUCCAACAUUGAAAUAAUUAUUUAUUUGCUAUCAACGCUGUUGCCUUUUACCAUUAUAUUUCUGCCUGAGAAAGUAUACACUUUUUUCCUAAAGUGUAUGCUAUAAAUAUUUAUAUAUUGAGGAUUUUGAUAAAAUGAUUAUAGGGAAAAAACUUCAUGUUAUGCAGGAGGGCUAAUUGUACUGCACUGUGUUUUAGCAAUGCAUAUUUAAUAGAAAAAAACUAUAAGUAGAGAUGUAUCAAAUGAUAGUACAUGUCAUUCCAAAUUCUUUGGGAUUCUGUACUAUUGGCCAAUGGGACUCUUUAAUUGGAUUCAAAUUAUUGAUUAACAGAAUUAAAUUCUUUGAAUGGUGAAUAAUGUUUAAAUAAGUUUGAAAAAAAUGACUGCUAAAUUAUUCAUUGAAGAAAAUUAGAAGGUAUGCUUGAAAUUAAUUCUGUUCUGUGCAAAUCGGCCUAUGACUUUUUCUUAUAGAAAACUGGAUUAUUAAUGUGAUUUCCUUCCAGAAUUAGAACUCAUACUACAUAUCAGUGUCAUAUUUUGUAUGGAGUAUGUGAAUGGCUUGCGUUUUCAUGGACAGCAAUUGUAAAUGUCCCACUAACAGUAUUAUGUAGUAUUUUUAAAACUCAAGAGUUGUCUUUUUCUUAUGAAGAGAGAUUUCUUGACAUGCCGUAAUGCUGGUUGUCAUGUGCAAUCUAAACUGGUUGUGGAGGACCCUCCUUGAUCUCCUUGCCAUGUUCACAGAGUAAUUUAUGGUUUUAAAAGUGGACUUAUGAUACAUCCAGAAACAGGUGGAUUGAGAAAGGCCAGUGUACCUAAGUAUCCAGUAUAAGCCCCAAUAAUAUGGACAGGAAGUGAUGCAAAUUAUGUAAUUUCUGCCAUUUGCAUCAUGAUACCUGCGAUUAUGUUUCCCAUCAUUUGCAGACACUCAUUUUGAUAUAUCUAAAAACUACAAAGGUAAACUUUUCUGUUCAGUAUAUUCUGUACAUGAAAGCCUGAAUAGAAAACUCAUUUUGAUUUAAUGCACAAGGAAUAUGUGUUAUAGUUUAAAGAGGACUGUAGCUUCAUGAGGAAACAAUGGUUUAGAAGGCACAGUAUUUCUUGAAGCUCGUUUUGUAUCAGAAGAAAAUAAUAAGCAACUGUUCAAGACAUAGAAGUUAACUCUUUCUAUGAUUUCGUAGAUAUGAUUUCAUAGAUACAUCCAGAUAAUUUUCUUGGCAACCGUACUGAAAUGGCAUGCCAUUAUCUUCCUUGUAAUCUGAACCGACUUAGUUUUCUGAGAUCAAACAAGUGAACAAUUAAUUCUUCUAUUUCUUAGGGGAGGGGAACUUUUCUAUUCCAUUAAAUUUUAUAAGAGCAUUUUUUUAAAAAAAGGUAUUGAAGUUGGUCAUUUAGCUUUAAAAGUCACCAUUGGAAAAGGCUACUUAUUCAUUUUCAAGUAUUAACUGAAAUUAUAUUUACCUGACACCAUGAUAUUUAGGAAACAAACAAGCAAGAAAACUAGGGUUAUUUAUUAUUAUUUAUUAUAAUUUAUUAUAGAUUUGUCCCAGUAACAUGUAUGCAGUAAACUCAGUAUACACAUAUGUGCGCAUGCACAUACACUAACAUGCACAUGCGUAUUAAUUUAAUGACCAAGUUACCUUUCAUUCAAUAAGAAUUGUUGUAUCCAUAAUUUUGCUUAUUCCUAGCAUUUGUCCCGUUACACAUUUAUCUGGAUAUGAUAUCUUCAAAUCUAAUUUCAGAGGAAUUUUUAAUUGAAAUAUACUUACAUCUCUCCACCCUUAAUUAUGUCUAUUCCUUUGUGUUGUCAACUAUAAAUUGAUUUGAUGUACCAUUUUAUAGUCCAAGUUCCAUAAUUUGAAGAUUCAGAUGGAGCUUAAAUAGGAACAAUAAUCUAUACAGUACCAGUUGUUGGAUGAUUUCUUCCUUUGGGCCAAUAUUGUUUUGGCUCUUUGGGAAGAUGUGUUUCUUAUCAUCUAUUCAUUGAUUGUUUACAAACUAGAGAUGUCUUAGAGUUAUAUCUGGGAUGUUUUGGGAGCCUCUUGUCCACAAACUCACUGUGAUUCUCUCAUGUCCAAGAGACUAGAGAGUUUUAACUAUUUCUGAUUCAAGGUUCUGGUAAUUCUUUGCCCUACCCUACUUGUGUCCUGUGCAAAGAUACAUGAUCCUUUGAAAGAAAAGGUUUAAGUGAGAUAGUAUAUCAUGACAGAUCAUUCUUUCUUUGUCUCCAUUUAUGAUCCCCACAGUAACUGCAAAGAUUAACUUUUUUUUCAUAGAGGGAAACUGUAUGUUUUUAAACCUUGGUGUGGAAUUGGAAUCGCUGACCAUUUUGGCAUUAUCAUUUCAUGUGGUCAUAAGGUUUUAUCACUUUUAUAUUAAAUGGUGAGCAUGACAUUGCACUGUAAUUAUGUUGAGGUGAACUAAACUGCGUGGUUAUGUAAAACCCUUUGUGCUGCUGUAAAAACUGCUAGCAACGCAAUAUUGAUUGUGGUGGGGCAAGAACGAAAGAUGGGCUGAUUGGCCAAUAGGACACCACUCCUUACUGUGUUUGCACCCACCUUUUGCAUGUAAUACGGUGGGUUUUCUAAAUUGUGACCAUGGAUUUUAUUUCUUGAAUUUGGAUAUAUAACAUUUUGUAUUUCUGUAAUGAGCAAUUGAUUGAGUUUAAAAACUCACUGAACUUGUAUUGAAAUA